AUGGAGGCCGGAGAUGUCGCGCCGCUCACCUAUGUCGUGUUCCAGAUCGAGGACCAGCUGGUGGUACGAGGGGUGGCGCAUGAGGUAGCCUGCGACCUGGAGGGGUGCGAGCUGCUGCGCCUGCCCUGCGCCUCCGAGGAGGAGGCCAGCAGCCGGGAGUUCCUAGACCUCGUACACGCCACGCUGGCAUCGUUGCUGCCCCACGCCACCCCGCUCCCCGGCACGCUGCCCUCCCCGGCGGCCGGCGCCGACGCGGAGCGCGAGUGCCGCGCCACGCUGGCCGCGCUGGCCGAGCAGGACGCCGCCAUCGCACGCGUGAUGGCGGCCGACGCGGAGGAGGAGCGCGCGGCCAGGAGGGCGCUCGAGGCGCGAGACGCCCGCCUGGCGCGCGGCCUGCAGCGCCGGGAGCGCACCAUCGGGACUUCCCGGCCCUCUGCGCGCCAGCCAGCCCCGCACGGGUGCCUGGUCGGCCGGCGCACCCGCAGCAAUGUCCGGGCGGGCGACCGCAUGACCGCACCGAGGCGCCGCUGGACUGUGGCCGCAGACGCGUCGGUGCGGGAGGCGGUGCUCAAAAGCGCCGCCUGCACCUCUCUCCAACCCCACCGCCAGCCGCCGAGCCCGGCCCGCCUGCGCCGCAUGAUGCACGCCACCGAUAAAGAAAGGGAGGCCCACGAGUCCAGCGAGGAGGAGCCGGAGCGGGUGAGCAAGUCCAGCAUCCGGAAGCUGGUGGCCGACAUGCAUGCGCGGGGCUGGCACCCCGUCAGGCAGGGCCACAGCGGGCACUACAAGUACGAGCGCCUGAUCCCGGAACUGGGGGGGCUGAGGCAGAUGCACAUGCUGGCGGGGACGCCGUCGAGCCGGCGCUACAUCUGGGCGGUGCGGGCCGCCAUGGCGCGCGCAGACCGCGAGGUGGCGGAGCUCAGGGCCCGCCAGCAGGGGCCGAGCCUGGUGGCUUGA